UCCUGAAUGAAAUUCGGGCCACAAUUAUAGACCAUGUCAUAAACCAUGGCCUCACAAUGGCAGAGGCAGGUCGUCGAGUGCAGCCUAAUGUGCCUCGCUCUACAGUGUCCUCCAUCAUCCAAACCUUUCUCAGGGAAAACAGGUAUGUACUCUAUUUAAUCUAUGAUGGAAUUAUAUGUUGUAUAGGACAGGGCACUAUGCGUGAGGCAAAAAAUGUAUACCUUACUGUAGAGAUUUUGUGUGCAUCUGCCUACAGUAGUAGGUCUAUACUAGCAGGUGGAGAGGACUAGUGGAAUGUUUUGAUACUAAAUAUGACAAGAAAUAUAUUGAACAAAUUACUGUAAACUAUGGAAUUACAUAAUUUAUACAGUUUAGAGUAGUAUUCCAGUCACUGUGCAAUGUUGCAUUAGGAUUGUGGUGAAGUUACUGUGAGUAAAACAAUAAUACAAUUACACUGAUAACUUACUGUAUUCUGUUCUUUGUGUAGGAUUGGACGACAACCUCGCGUGGGUGGCAGAGGAAAACUUCUCAUUGAACAACAGGAAAGAGAGAUUUGUAACAUGGUGAUGGCAAAUGAUGCCAUCACAUUGAGGCAUAUUCGUGAUGCCAUCCUUCAGGACAAUCAUAUAUUCCAGAACAUAAACACAAUAAGCAUCUCCACAAUAGACUGGGUUUUGAAGAAGCAUCAGAUGACAAUGAAACAAAUCUACAGGGUACCAUUUGAGAGGAACUCUGACAGAGUGAAGGAGCUGCGCUACCAGUAUGUAAAUAGAAUAAUGUCAUUGGAAGGACAUGAGACCCCUUACAUCCUGGUGUUCGUGGAUGAAGCUGGCUUCAACCUGGCCAAGGGCCGAAAACGUGGCCGUAAUAUUAUUGGCCACUGGGCCACAGUGGAUGUCCCAGGUCAGCGAGGGGGCAAUAUAACUAUGUGUGCUGCCAUUUCUGAGAAUGGUGUGGCCACUCACAUCCCCAGUCUUGGCCCAUACAACACACACAAGCUCCUCAUCUUCUUGGAUCGCCUAUAUACCAAUUUUAUCCCUGAAAAUGAGAGAGGUCUCAUAGGGCCUCACCUACCCAUUUAUGUAAUUGUGUGGGACAAUGUCAAUUUCCACCAUAGGGGCUGGUUUGCAACGCAUCCCAUGAUGGUCAUGGGGUUCCUACCACUUUACUCUUCUUUCCUCAAUCCGACAGAGGAGUUUUUCUCUGCUUGGAGGUGGAGAGUGUAUGAGCAUCAUGCUCAGGAUCAGCCGUAUCUGCUCCAUGCUAUGGCCACAGCGUGUGACGACAUUACAGGAGAUCAAUGCAGGGGAUGGUUGCGGCAUGCACGCCGUUUUUUUUCCUCGUUGCAUCGCAAGAGAAAGUAUCCGCUGUGAUGUGGACGAGAAUCUGUGGCCAGACGGACAACAGCGUGUAAAUAAUCAGGAGGGUGAAGACAGUGGACAAGAGCGGGAGAAUGAGUACAGCGACCACUGAAUAAGUCCUUGUUUUUUGAUUUUGUGUUCAUACAAUUUGCUACUGUAAUGUACAUUUUCUUUUUACAUAUGUAUGAAACUUUCUUUGCCUGUGAAUAAAAAAUGGUUAUAAUUUCCUUGGUAGUGAGAGUGCAAUCUGUGAUGUCAAACCUUGGAGGCUACUCUUUUCUGUUGUAUAUUGUUGGUCCUCUGCCAUAGUGACAAAACAUCUAAACAUUUUGUAUGGCAGUACUCACACAAUGCCAAAGGGACGAUGCAUUUUGGGGGCACUGACUAUUCAGAUUAGAAAGAAAUGUAGUUUUGACACAUGAGUGAACUGUUUUAGGAGAGAUAUGAGCUUUUGCAGGUGGACCAUGUUGUUGUGAUCAACCAUCCAGGUUUAUUUUGACAAAAGCACCAAGAAUGAUGAGAAUGUCCGAUCUGUGUCGAGAAAUGAGCCAAAACUAUUGAGAAGGAUCUUUGCCAUUUUGGAGACACUGACUGUUUAAAUGAGAAAGGGAUUUAGAUUGAAGCCUGAGUGAACAGUUUUGGAAGAGAUAUGAGCUUUUGCAGGUGAGCUAUAGUGUUGUGCUAAACUGUAAGAGUGUUUUGCCAAAUGAUCUUAGAGUUUUGAGAAUGUAAUUUCUGUUUCAAGAAAUGAGCCAAACCAAUGGAGAAAAACUGUAAUAGUGCUUGUAGUUUUGCAUUUGUAUGCUUAUGUGCUUUUCAAACAUGGGUUUGAACCAUGUCUCGUAGUUUUCAGAAUGAUCUUGAAAUAAGUGGAAAAGUAGAGAAUGGCAGCAAAUAUUCCUACAAUUGACCUUUGGACUAAACCAAGUUAGGCAUGCUGAGGCCUACUAAGAGCAUGACAAUCUGCCUGCUUUGAGCUGAUUGUUUUCUUACCUGGAGGGUAGAUGUAGGAGCAGUUAUGACAAACAAUUAUAAUUUUUACUGGAUGACCUUACCCGAUGUAAACAUGUUCUCAUCUCUUCCACAAAAUCCUGAAUAAAAUAGCAGAGAACUGUAAUUACAAAUUUCUACAACAGAAGUAUUAUGUAGACUCAAGUAAAAAUCCAAGUGGCUUGUGCGACAUAUAGUAAAUCUGUUUGUUUUUUUUUCAUAUGCCGUGCGCAGUGAUUACAGUCAGCCAAGUAACAAUACCGAUAGGCAAAGUAAAGGCUAAUUACUGGUUGUGAAAUGAAGGUGAAGUAGUGCUUGAUAAGAUCUGCAACAAAAAAGUACCACAGCCAUUUUAUAAACCCAAAUAUCACAAAAUUUUUAACUCCAGCGUUCUUAAUCCAUUUUGGUAAUUAUACCAAUCCCAACCUUCUAUACCGGAGUUUCAAUAAAUAAUAAAGCAAUAAUGCAGCCACUUACAUACUUCCAAGCUCAUAAGCUAUUUAAAGGAACCACCAGCACGUUCUGUGUAGAUUAAAGCUGCAUUAUUUAUGAAUCUGAAGCAAGUCACAUAUGAGGCAGUCAUUUGAGCACCUACUGGUGAAAUUGCUGCUUUUCAAGCUUUUUAACUUCCUAAAAUUUUCCAAUGAAAUGGUAAUAAGCGAUGGAUAUUAUAUUGCCUAUAAAUACACAUACAGUACUGUGCAAACGUUUUAGGCAGGUGAGAAAAAUGCUGUAAACAAAGAAUGCUUUCAAAAAUGGAAGUGUUAAUCACUUAUUUUCAUCAAUCAACAAAAUGCAGUGAAUGAACAAAAGCAAAGUCUUAAUCAAAUCAAUAUUUGGUGUGUCCACCCUUUGCCUUCAAAACAGCAUCAGUUCUUAGGUACACUUGCACACAGUUUUUGAAGGAACUCCACUGGUAGAUUGUUUCAAACAAGAACCAAUCACAGAUCUUCUGUGGAUGUAGGCUUCCUCACAUCCUUCUGUCUCUUCAUGUAAUCCCGGACAGACACGAUGAUGUUGAGAUCAGGGCUCACUUCCAGUACUUCUUGUUCUUCUUUACGCUAAAGAUAGUUGUUAAUGACAUUGGCUGUAUGUUUGGGGUCAUUGUCCUGCUGCAGAAUACAUCUAGGGCCAAUAAACAAUCAUUUAUAUUUCUGAAAGCAUUCUUUGUUUACAGCAUUUUUUCACACCUGCCUAAAAUGUAUAUGAAUAUGUAGAAUAUGCAUGCAGGGAGAAGAUUUUUGGUACUGGAUGUUUUUGGCCAGUCAAAUUAGAGCAAACUUUGGUUACAGGGUUAAUUUAGCUAUAAAGUCAAAAGAUAUGCCCAUUUUAUAACAUAGUGAAUAUUGGUUUAUUUGAAACAGGACCAAUAAACUGACCAGCCUAAAAUGUCUGAUAAAAACAUCCUAAUUCAAAUGUAUUGAUAUAUUCAAGUGCAAGAAAAUAUAUAUGCUGCUUAGUGCAUUAUUGUACAUACAAUGUGUACAUCCUUCUAAUAUGGAACGCCAGGACUGCCAUAAUGAAUUAAUUAAAUACACCAUUAAAUAAUUAAGAAUUCGCUGAAGAGGAAGGAACACAGUAACUGAUUCAUCAUAGCAUUUCCCCAAUUUACCAAAAAGAUCAGGAUAGAAAGAAGAGAGCAGACAUAAAAUUCAAACUUAGGUUUCCAGGCAUUUCAUUAUUGUGCAUGAAGGCAGGCAGAUGUGGAUGCUGUUAACAUUUACAGAGUCCGUCUCAACAUAACUAAUCAGUGUGUAAUUGGGGGAAUCCACGCGGAAAAGCAGCAGAUCACUGACAUCAGAAGACUAAUUAAAUGGUAAAUCUUACAAAGGUCAACAGUGUGUUGGCUAAGGAUGAAGAGAGUAGCCACCAUAUGGCUAAAGAUGCCCUCAAGAAGUGUGUCUUCACUGCUCUUUUAAUCUUUUGAGCUAAUUGUGCCCCCCCUGCACCCCCAGUCUUCUCGUGAUUGUGGCCAGUGCUCAGGCAGACAAAAUGUGAUCAAACUCUAAUCUACUUAACUGCUUGGCACUUUGUUUUUCCAAUUAUGGUUAGGCCUUGUUAUUGUAGUGCUGAAACCCGCUGACAUCAGCAUUUAUUUGGCUUUCUAAGCAAAUUUUCUACUCAGAGUUUAACAGACGUGAAACAGUUUUUACAGCGUAAAAUAAACAGAUACAACCAACAAUUUAUGAAAGAAUCAUUUAUCCAAUGAAUACACAGAAACAGUGUGAGGAUACUGAUCCGAUCACUUUUGCUGAGCGUUGUAAUGAGUUAUUAUUUAGCUAUUCAGCCCACAACAGUUCACUCUCACUGCUCUCAAAGUGUAAGUUUUACUAAAGAAUCUCAUUAAAUUUACUGCUAACCAAGAAAGUGUCAGACUGGCUAAUCAACACAGUGGAGCACCUGAAAGAGUACUUGAAUGAUUGUGAAGAUUGGACUUGUAUUCAUGUUCAGACUUUGAGCAGAGAACACUAUAGAAGAACAGCCCAUUUUAUACUUACCUUUCAUUUAGGGAGAUGUAAAUGAAUCGUAAGGUUGCAAAUUUUGUAAGGUGCACUGUAAAAUCUAAUUAGUUCCCAGAACUCCAAAAAAUUGAGGAAACUCGUUGCCUCAAAAAAAUUGAGUAAAGCUUAGCUAAAAAUGACUAAAUUAGGACAACUUAUUUAUUUUGAGUACACUGUACAAGCUCAUUUGUUCCCAGAACUCGAGAAAAUUGGAUCAAGUUUACUUAAGAUGACCAAGUUAGGGCAACUUACUCAUUUUGAGUACACUGUACAGCCUUGUUAGUUCCCAGAACUCAAAAAAAAUUAAGGAAACUCGUUGCCUCAAAAAAACUAAGUAAAGCUUACUUAAGAUGAAUGUUAGGACAACUUAUACAUUGCAAGUCUGCAGUAUUAAGAAUAACUUGAUAUUUCUGACUGUACUAAUACUAAUUGUUUACUUACUGACAAACAUUUCAAGUUCAACUAAAUGAAAAAACAAUUUGUGGUAACCUGAAUAUGAUUAAAAAUAAUUAACAACACUUUUUGUAAUGAUGUUAAAAUCAGCCCAACUUUUAUUUUCAAACACAACAAAGUAUAACAGCCAACAUACUGGACACUGUUCUGCUGAACAACAAACAAUUAAUAUUGCCAUCACUGUUAUAAUGUUAUAAUCUUAAGUCUCAGAUGUAAUUAUUCUGAAUAAUAAG